AUUUUUGCAGAUCUUACCAGUUAUUAGUCUAAUGCAUUACAGAUAGGUCCUAAUGGACUGUCAGGCGAGUAGGAAAUUGCAGUUUCCACCACUCAUUGAGGACAGUCUUGUGCCCUAAGCCAGUUGAAGGGAAUUUUUGCAGAUCUUACCAGUUAUUAGUCUAAUACAUUGCAGAUAGGUCCUAAUGGAUUGUCUGGCGAGUUAACGCUGUUUUUAACGGGUGGACCCCACCAGUCAGUGCCAACAUGGACCAAGGCACUUGCCAGGUGGACUGGGUAGGGUCUGGAGGCAACCGAAUAAAAGGAAAAUAACGCAUGAUUCAAGGAGGGGUAGCUCUGUAAAAGGAUAUUUAAGUUGUUGCUGAGCUUCCCGCCUCUAAUUUGUGCUGUAUGUUUCAGAUCCAACAGUUAACGCCACGAAUUUACAGAUUUUCAUCUAAUAGCCAUUUUCAUUACAUACGUUUUCAAAUCUGAGACAUUUAUUAUAGAUCAGAAAAAGUUAUACUAAAUCAUAGACACUUAUUAUGGCUGGGAGAGAAUAUCAUUUUUUUAAUGGAGAUACAGAGUAUUCAAUCGCGCCAGGAUCAUCACAUGGUGAACUACUAGCAAAGAAACUGAAAUAAUUUUGCAGUUAAAAAAACCACUGAAAGAUUUUUGUUUAUACAGUAUUUCGGGAGUAUUGUGGUCCUUUGGUUAAUAGUUAUUCUUAACAGUAUUUGGGGGCCCUGUGCACGCUUCUUCUUCUUCCGUCCUCUUCCCGAGCACAAGCAGGCAGCAGGCUCCCCAUUCCCCAUCAACUAACUGAAACAACUGAAAGAAUUUCUUCUUCCUUCCUCUUCCCGAACACAAGCAGCAGAGCAGGCUCCCAUUCCCCAUCAACCUCGCCGCCAGCCGCCACACCCACACCGCCAGCCUCCCCCUCCUCCGCCAGCUAGCCGCCACAUUUCCCUAGCGCCGUGCUCCCCCCAACACUGAGCUAGCUCCUCGCCUGAAGCAAACCCUUGCUGCGCCUGCGCCUGCGCCCUCGUCCCCAUGGCCAUGGAAAUGGGGCCGUGCGGACCUAUUCCCAAGCGGAGCAGGCCGGCGUCAGUAUCGCCCUCAACAGGAGUGGGUGAACUCGUCGGCGUCGACCGCAUCAGCGACCUCCCCGACGUCAUCCUCGGCGAAAUCGUCUCCCUCCUCCCCCUGGACGAAGGCGCCCGCACCCAGAUCCUGGCGUCCCGGUGGCGCCGUAUCUGGCGCUGCUACGCCCCUCUCAACCUCGAUUUCUGCGCCCCCUUGGUCGCCCGCACCCGCCGCCGUCGCCGUCGCCGCGGCCGUGGCCUUCGAGAUGACGAACUCGCCGGCCUCAUAUCGCGCAUCCUUUCUUCUCACCAAGGCACCGGCCGCCGCUUCUGCGUCCACUCGUCGUUCCGCUUCAGCAACCAAGCCGCUACCGUCGAAGCCUGGCUCCAAUCUGCCGCCCUCGACAAUCUCCAGGAGCUCAAUCUAUGGCACACCAACGAGCGUCUUCCCGACUAUCUCCCACUGCCACGGUCAGCCGUUUUCCGGUUCUCCACGACCCUCCGUGUCGCCACCAUCGCGCAUUGCAAGCUUCCUGACAGCACCGUCCAAGGCCUUCAGUUCGCACAUCUUAAACAGCUCGGACUCAAACAGGUCCUCAUCUCGGAGCAUUCGAUGCACCACAUCAUUGCUGCGUGUCCAGCUCUCGAGUGCCUGAUGAUUGAAAGGAUCUUUGGCUUUUGCUGUGUCCGGAUCAACUCGCUUAGCCUUAGAAGCAUCGGCGUGGGCACCGGAAUUUCUCGUACAAACGAGCUCCAGGUUGUGGAACUUGUCGUUGAUAAUGCACCUUGCCUUAAAAGAUUGCUCCAUCUUCAAAUGGAUGCUUGCCUUGACAUGCAUAUAGCAGUAAUCUCCGCGCCUAAACUGGAGACCUUUCGCUGCUGCUUGUCUCAAUGGGCCUCCACUAGAUUCGGAGUUGGCUCCGCGCCUAUUCAGAGGGAUGGCACGUUGAUGGCCUAGCAAUGGUGGCGCGCACUGUCCAGAUUUUAGCUGUCGAUAUGAGUAUUCUUGUUCUUGAUAAAGUUGUUUUCUUCAUGAGAUGUUUUCCGUGCUUGGAGAAGUUAUACAUUCAGUCAUCUGGAUGGGGGGUAACCAAUUGGUGGCGCCUUAAGCACCGGGAUCUGAUCCCAAGUCUUGACAUCCGUUUGAAGACAAUAGUGUUUGAGCGGUAUUGAGGCACCCGGUCAGAAGUUAGCUUUCUUACAUUCUUUGUAUUCAAUGCGCGAGUCCUUGAGUUGAUGGCACUUCAGAUUGCAGUGGGAAACUACAGCGAGAAGUUCUUGGCAGAACAGCGGAGGAAACUUCAGCUAGAGAACAGGGCUUCAAGAGGUGCACAGUUUCAAUUUAGAACUGGUAGAUGCGUUCGUAGUAGCGGGGAUAUCAAGGAUUUCUAUGAUUUGGAUUUAACUGAUCCAUUCGUAUGUUGAUGUUCAAACCGGGCUUGUUCCGUUUUCGAGCUAUUCUUGACUAUCAGCCAAUUUCAUAUUGUUCCUUGUGUAAGAAACUUGAUUAGUUUCCGCUGGGAAUGGUUAAGCUUAGCUGCAGGAGUGUUUGUGUCCCAAGAGGAAACUGUUUGAGUAUUGUGCCACCGCCGCAGCAUGUACAUUAUUUGUAAAUUAACCUGUUGUAUUCUUGAACUAUCCCAUAUAGUCCUCUGUUUGAUGAACAAGCAUGCCUUACUUCGAUCUACUUACCACUAUUUGGCAUUAUUGUUGAAGUUUGUGGCAGCCAUUUUAAUUUUUUUGUGCUUUCAGUCAAAUUGUUAAAAGUUUUUUCAACUGAGAUACCCAAGCACUGACAAAAUUGAAAGUACCUGAAGAGUGAAUGCAUUCUAGAUUCUAAACUUCUGAUCCUAAAAGUUACUGAUGGCUGUCUCUGUUGUCUUGUUUCGUUUAUCAAGCCUGCCCGCAUUUUUGUUGAUUUAGCUGAUCCCUUCAAAUGUAGAAGUUUGUUUGGUCUUCUAAAUAAUUAUUCUUGCCUGUCUCAGUUCGUGUUUUCUCCAAACCAAUAUUGGUUCUCGUGUCGUGUUUGUAAUUAUUUAUUUAGACUUCGUAUUAUACUGAACCUCAACUUACGUGUUGUAUCUACUCCAAUAUAUGUGCCAAAGAUUUAAUUGUUUGGAAUCAAAGUUGCAGAGGAGAUUAUAUAGACCAUCGGCAGUUACUGAAGGUUCAAAGGUACACCAGCAACAUACUCGAACAAUUUAACUUUUUGGGCCACCCUUUUAAAAUAGGCCUAAGAUAUAUGCUAUAAUAUAUACUUUUCUUGAAUUCAGCAUGAUGUGCAACUCUUCCUGUGAUGAUUUCUUCAAUAAUCAUGUCUUUUGUUGCUUGCAAAGUUGCAACUUUGAAGUUUAUACCCUGACAGUUUUAAGAGCAAUGCCUGAGCCAAAUCAUAUUACCGUAGGUACAAUAAUUUAUCUACAUGGCACUGUGCUUUUCCAAGCAAGAAUAAUUCUUUGUAGCAUGGGAUGUUUUGUGUACAGAGAUAUAAUAUGCACGCACAACCUAAGUUUUUUGUUUGUUUGAUAAAAGGGAUUGCAUGUUGAUGACCUAUAUCGGGGCACUUCUAACUAGUAGUUUUGUGUACAGGGAUUGUAAACACCAGAAUCUGAUCAGAUGUCUUGAAAUCUUUUUUAAUACAAUAGUGUUGGAACUAUAUCGGGGCACAACACCCAAGUGCUUGAGUUGAUGAGACUUAAAAUUGGAGAAGGGAACAAAAAUAAGGAAUUCCUGGAAGAACAACAUGAGAAGCUUCAGCUAGAGAACCAGGCUUCAAGAGGUGCUCAAUUUCAAUUUACAACUGAUAGAUGCAUCCAUGAUUCUCGGAAGAUCAACAUUGUCCACGAUUUGGAUUUAACUGAUCCAUUCUUAAUUUACUCUCCGGAGAGUUUUCCAUGCAUUUAUUGUGUGUUUUCUCCAAACUAAAUUAGUCUUGAUCUUGAACUUUUCUAUAGAGUUCAUAUUAUCUUGGAUUCUUGAUAGUGUGUACCCGUACCGUCUUUGCCUCUGCUUUGUGUUAUGAAUCUUCCAGUGGAUUUAGUCCUUUCGAGUUAAUGAUUCAUAGGAGGUAAUUCAGUUUUUUUUA